AUGCUGUCCAGAGCGGCCCGCCCUGCCGUCCGCGCCGCGGUCACCUCGACUCGAGUUGCCACGGCCGGUCCCAACAGCGCAGCCACCUAUGCCACCCUCCGUGAGAUCGAGGGCCGCCUCAAGUCCAUCAAGAACAUCCAGAAGAUCACCUCCACGAUGAAGAUUGUCGCCUCGACCAAGCUCACCCGCGCCACCCGCAGCAUGAACGACUCGCGCGCCUACGGUGAGACGUCCAACGAGGUCUUCAAGCAGGCCGAGACGGCCGCCGUCGAGGAGGGCGAGAAGAAGACGCUCGUCAUCGUCUGCUCCUCCGACAAGGGCCUCUGCGGCGGCAUCCACUCUGGCAUGAGCCGCUUCAUCCGCCGGCUUCAGGCCGAGGGCGAGCACUUCGACCUCGCAAUCGUCGGCGAGAAGUGCCGCGCCCAGCUCUCCCGCACCAGCGCCGAGGCCAUCCAACUCACGUUCGCUGGUGUCGGCAAGAGCAUCCCUACCUUUGCCGAUGCCCAGGCCAUCGCCGACCAGAUCAUCAUGCUGCCCAAGGAGUACACCGACGUGAAGAUCCUGUACAACCGCUUCAUCAACGCCACCAGCUACGAGCCAACCUUCAUUGAGGCAUUUUCCGAGGAGGCUAUUCUCGCUUCCCCCAACAUCUCCUCCUUCGAGGUCGACGAGGAGGUUCUCGAGAACCUUCGCGAGUACAGCCUGGCCAACUCCCUUUUCUGGGCUCUGGCUGAGGGCCACGCCUGCGAGCAGUCUGCUCGUCGCAACGCCAUGGAUAACGCUUCCAAGAACGCUGGUGAAAUGAUUGGCAAGUACCAGAUUCUCUACAACCGUACCCGACAGGCGGUCAUUACCGGCGAACUUGUCGAAAUUAUUACCGGUGCCACUGCCUCGGAGGACAUGUAA